UUCGAAGCAAAGCGUUUGUACGUAAUACGAAAAGUGAAAUUUUUUAUCGAAAUAAUAUUCCUUGGUAACGUGUUCUUUCCAUGUCUAUUCAUUGUUCGCAUUUUUUUAAUUUCACGUACACGAUCACCGAACGAACGUUUUAAAUUUCGCGCUCAAUUUGAAUCGAAAGUAGCGCCAUUAGCAGAUGGCAGCACGUACCGUGUCAUCACGAUGCGGUUUGUGAUAUCUGGUGAUAUCGAAAGUAUUUCUACCGAAUCGUUUACUUUGAUCGUACGAUAAAUUCGCAAUCGUUCCGAGUCGUGCCACUUGCGAUCGUUUCUCGAGAAUCGAAAGGAAAUAGUAAUCGCGCGCACUUUUAUUGAGAAAAAUUAAUGCGUUUGAAAUGUCAAAGGGAAUCGAAAUACCUAACCUAUCGCGUGAUUAUUUACAUGCCUGUCAAAACGGAGAUUUGUUAAAAAUCAAAAAUCUUACUUUAAAGUACGACGUUCAGGAUUGGACGAUUUUUCGGCAUUCGGUUUCCGGUGACACUCCUAUGCACGUUGCAGCGCGCGAAGGUCAUCUGAACGUUGUCGAGUAUUUGUGCGAUGCUUUCGAAAGGCCCGACUUUAAAGUCAACGUCGUUAACAAGGAUAUGAAAAGGCCGUUGCACGAAGCCGCGCAAUUCGCGCGUACCCACGUUCUCCGAUACUUGAUAGAAAAAGGUGCUUUCCAAAGCGAGCCGUGCUUGAACUUUCUCCUUUCAUUUUUAUAUAUCAGAAUAUAUCUCACAAAAUUAAUUUCUCUAAUAUUCGAUGGUGCGAUCGUCGACUGUUUGAAGCGUGCCGAUUGGACGCCUCUGAUGUUAGCGUGCACGAAGAUUGGUAGCGAGGCGUGCAAGUGCAUCAGGAUAUUACUCGAAGCAAAGGCGGAUCCUUUAAGAAGGAACAAAGACGGUUGGAUACCUGCGUUUAUUAUUUGUCGUUCUGGUGACGUUAAUGCACUUCGAUUAUUUCUGGAUUUCGCUCCUGAAAGUAUCAGUCUUCGAAGUAACAACGGUCGUAGUUCUCUUCAUAUAGCCGCUUUCAACGGACACGAGGAGAUAAUAGAUCUGCUCUUAGCUGUGGAUCCGGGUCUUGUAAAUGCACGUGAUUCAUCAGGUGCUACGCCUCUUCACGAAGCCAUUAAGGGCGGGAAUUUAAAUGUAGUAAAGCGUAUGAUACAAUUUGGUGCGGAUUUUCGCGCCACUGACAAGGUCGGUCAAACCAUCCUACAUGUGGCUUCCUUGAUAGGAAGCGUGGAAAUGAUGGAAUAUAUUUUAACGAAUAAUUUAAUUAAUGUACACGAGAAGGCAUUUUUUGAUGUCACGCCAUUAAUCGCAGCUCGUCGAAGCAAACAAACCGACGCGAUCGACGUUUUAAUAAAAUAUGGAGCAGAGAAAUAGUUUUCUUGGAAAA